UAGAAAUAAAUUGAAGUGGGCACAGAGUAUGCCAUAUAUCAUACCAUGAGAAGCCACCUUCAUAUCAUAUCAUCAUCAUCAGCAUCAUUCUAAACCCCCUUUUCUCUUCCUCUUUUUAAUAUCAACCUGUCUUGUGAUUCUUUCUGUGAAAAUUCCAAAUCGAGAUUUCGGAAGAACGCCAUUGUUUUUCCCGAUAUCUCGGAUCACACAUCACUCGCAAUUCUCUUUCUUCCUUCCAUGGCGGCCGGUCCUACAUCAACUACCGCUCCAACAACCGUUCCUCUUCAACCACCACCGCCAAUGCUCGUCUCUGAUUCAUUUGCCAAAGACGCUAUUCUCGCUUGGUUUCACGGCGAGUUUGCUGCUGCCAACGCGAUUAUCGAUGCUCUCUGUUCUCAUCUCUCUCACCUUUCCUCUGCCGCGGAUUACAGCUCUGUUUUCGCGGCUAUUCACCGUCGGAGACUCCAUUGGAUCCAAAUCCUUCAGAUGCAGAAGUAUCACUCCAUUGCUGAUGUCGCUCUUCAGCUUAAAAUUGUCGCGGAGAAGAAAAAUACCGUUGAGGAGGUGGUUAAUGAAAACGACGUCGUCGCGGAGGAGGAGGAACGGAAAACAGAGGAGAAAGUUAUCGACGGUGGUAAUGAACACGAAGAGUAUGAUUCUCCUGAGAGUGAGAUUACUGAUUCAGGGUCUCUAGAAAAUCAAACUAGUUCGAUGAACAGUGAUAUAUGUUCCAAUCAUGAAGAGUGUGAAGGACGUGCUUCACAGUUUAAAUUGACAAAAGGUUUCUCAGCAAAGGAGUCAGUGAAGGGGCAUAUGGUGAAUGUUGUGAAAGGGUUGAAGUUAUAUGAAGACGUUUUCACUGAUUCAGAAUUGUGCAAGCUGUCAGAUUUUGUGGAUGAGAUCCAUACUGCUGGUCAGAACGGAGAACUGUCUGGUGAAACUUUUAUACUAUUCAACAAACAGAUAAAAGGUAACAAGAGAGAGCUGAUUCAGCUGGGUGUUCCAAUAUUUGGACAGAUAAAGGAAGACACAAAAAAUAAUAUAGAGCCAAUUCCAGCACUUCUGCAACGUGUCAUUGAUCACUUUAUUCAAUGGCACUUACUUCCAGAGUACAAAAGACCAAAUGGUUGUAUCAUCAACUUUUUUGAAGAGGGGGAGUAUUCUCAGCCAUUCCUGAAACCACCACAUCUGGAUCAACCUGUGACCACUCUUCUUCUCUCUGAAUCAACCAUGGCUUUUGGGCGUAUCCUUAUGAGUGAAAAUGACGGGAACUACAAGGGACCACUCAUGCUCUCACUGAAGAAGGGGUCGCUUGUAGUGAUGAGAGGAAACAGUGCUGACAUGGCCAGGCAUGUAAUGUGCCCAUCUCCUAACAGAAGGGUGAGCAUCACCUUCUUUAGAGUGAGGCCAGACUCAAAUCAAUGCCAAUCACCAACUCCUGCCAUGACAAGCUCAAUGACUCUGUGGCAACCUGCCAUUGCUAACCCAUAUGCAUUGCCAAAUGGAGCUCUAAGUUGCACCUAUGAGGGUAUGGACAUGAUGAUGCCCAAAUGGGGAAUGCUUCCCGGCCCAGUGAUGAUGCUGACCCCUAUGCGUCCUAUGGCAUUGAAUCCCCGCAAACUUGCUGGUGGUGGUACUGGAGUCUUCUUGCCCUGGAAUGUUCCGUCCAGAAAACCUGCAAAGCAUCUUCCACCACGGGCACAAAAGGGAAGGCUUCUAGCAUUGCCUUCUCCCGUUGAACCACACAUUGGAGAGUCCACUUCUGAACCUAGCAUUUGUGUUGAAGGAUGAGAACAAAUUUGGUUUUGAAGCAGCCUUGGGUUCAAAGACAUGUGAAACAUGAUAGGUGGCUUUCAGCCCCAGUUAUUUGCUCUGCACCCUGGAGCUUUCAUUUUGUUGUACAAACAGGGUCCCACCCCAGGAGCUGCUGCAAAAGUUUGGUUCUUUUUUACUUCUCUUUUUUCACACCCUUUCUUCCACUUUUCCCCCUCCUGAAUAGAGUAGUUUCUGGUGGAGUUCACAGCGGUUUUUUUAUGUUUGUCAAGGUAAGAGCUUUAGUAGAAUAGUCGAGCUUUAAAAAUUGAAGAGUGUGAAUUAUCUCUGAUAUAUCAGUUUGUAAGAAUGAUAUUUUAAGUUAACCAUCUUCUUAGGCGAAUCAAAUCGUCAUUGGGAUGCUUAGUUAUUUAUUUAUGAUUCUAUUUGAUAUGUUAUAUUUCAAGUUCA